CCGCGCUCAAACUGAACAAAGACCUUGGGUCUAUUCGUUAGGUCGUUUACUACCUGUCUGUCUCAGGGUAGGGUGUUAUUCCGUACUUUACGUCAUUCCCCAUCAUUUCGAACUAUGUUUAAAUUCUCAUUAGAAUUGCUUCUAUCUUAAUCUGAAUGAUUUCUGUUGCUAUUUUGUGGGAAUCGUAACGUCUUGAUUCUAUAUAUGUUGGUGAUGGAUCCUUAAUUAACUUUUCCCAAUUUAUGUUAGCCUGAGUAACUCUACGGUACUACCCCUUUAUGUUCACUGUUUUUAAAGGCAUAACAAACCAUGUAAAUCGGCUCUUUUUAUUCUGCUUUUUCCACAAAAGCACUAGUGCUUACGUAACAGGCUUAUGUAUCGCGUUUGUUGUUGCAAAUUCUGGCAAGAUAAGACUACUUCGAUAAAGUUAAUAAACUGUGGUUGCGUUUUCGUACUAUACUGUCUUCUAGUAAUCGCCCACUUACUCCCACAGAAGACGUUUAUACAACCUGUGUGUGUUUGUGUACGACAACAGACAUGUUGAUAUUGGUGGCAAUGGCGUAAUUGUUUUAGAACUAAGCGACGUUUGUAAAAUUAACUGAGAAACAAGAAAAAAAUUUAUGCAUUGUAGACAUUGGGUAUCUCAAUUAAGCUCGCAUGUUUUCUUAAAAACGGGAAAUUCUUGGGGUUUUAUGGAAGAACGUAAAUGAAUUUCCGCAAAAUUUAAGGUUAUUUCGCGGAAAAGCCCCAAACCACGAGAAGUCUGGUAUUUUUAUGUCUCAUCUCUACGGAAUUUUCUAGUGGAGCUUCUCGAAAACAAUUCUCAAAGUCGGGAGAUCGAGACAGCUCACUAAAAUUGUAUCGAGCAGUCUUACCCUAUAAAGCUAUGGUAUUUAUUUCUCAAAAACUAUAACCCUGUCGUUUCGCUCUCCCAAGACAAAUGCUUUUUUCAGUUUGUUUAUUAUCGUCAGUUCUGCUGAACGUCUACUCUGCUGUGAGAUGUAAAACCUUCAGUUUAUGCUUAUAUUAUGUUAGCUCUCUGGGUCUCUAUUUAUAAUCCAUGAAGAGUCUAGCCAGUUAAAAGACUAAGAAAAGUAUCCCUGUGGAUUGAUUUCAACCACAUAUACGCACAUUUUUCAAAUGGUAAUAAUUAUCACACUUGUAGAUAUCAGACUUAUCCGGAUCUAUGUUAAUAUAACUUUAUCCUCAUCUUAAAAGCUUCUAAUUAAUCAUAGGGGAAAUAAGGACACCUGCAAUAAUAAUUUUAAUUUCGAAUAAUGAUAUUCGUCGUAAUACAGCAAGAUUUUAGCAUGUGAAUAACAAUGAGCAGAUACGUAGCAUGACAAAAAUGUUGCUGUUUUGAUAGUAUAAAACUGGUUGUUACAGUUCGCUCGAUAUGUUAUAAUAUAUGAUGGUGACUUUUUUUUGUUUCAUAGGUCGUGGAUUUUUUUUGUAUAUUGUUCACUGUCAUCAACAAAAUACCUAAAGACUCCCUAAAUGCUCCAAAUAUCGUCGAUUAAUCGAAAUUCGUCAGUUAAAACAUCACUUUCAACGAUCAACGUUUUAAAACACAUUGUCGAAUCAGGAGAUUGGUGUGAUCUAAAAAGUUUGAUUGAUUUGAUCAUAAGAAAGUUACAUGAUCUCUGCAAAUACUCAGAUGACAACACCGUAGUCCUCAAUACAACUUUGAGGGUUCUAAAAGCUUUUCGUGAGGAGGCACUCAAGUUCCAAAUGGGAGAAAAUGCAGACUUUGAGGAGAAUUUAACAAACCGCCUUUUUGCUGUAGGAAAUGAAGCUUAUGAAACAGUUUCUCGUAAUGAUAUUUUAGAGCCUAUCGUUAGUACACUGGAUGAUUUGGCACUUGAGGUAAAAUCUUGUCUAACAAGUUUGGGUGACUUAUCUCUGGAUUUUAUCCAUUCCGAUGAACUCAUCAUGACUUCAGGGUAUUCCAAGGCAGUACACCAUUUUCUUCGUCACGCAGCGAAAAGAGGAAGAAAUUUCAAAGUUAUAGUCUGUGAAUGUUAUCCUGACAACUUGGGACAUAAAAUAGCUGAAGAACUAUCAAAGGAUGGUGUCGAUGUCAUUCUGGUCCCUGAUAGCCAUGUUUUCGGCUUGAUGUCGCGAAUAAACAAACUGCCAGGCUGUGUAUCCUGAUGGAACGUUAAAAGCUAGGGUGGGGACUUAUGGCGUUAUGCUUGCAGCCAAAAGUUUUUCGAUUCCGGUCGCAGAUUCGCGUAUCACCUCACUUACUUCGGUUCAAGCUGGCUCUUAGUAAGACUAGCCCUCACAUGUUAAUUGUGGCUCACAGUUGAGCACACGAAUCUACACUUUGUAAAUGGAUUACAUUAUGCAAUAUUUAACAUAUUGUCGAUUGUGACCAUUUACGCUUCCUGCUUACAGCCGUUUAGGUUUAUUCAUGAUGGUAUUUAGCUGUUGGUUAUCUCAAUACCGUCAAGACUAAUAAAUACGAAGAUCCAUGUCACUCGGCUGAGUGCUUUAUUCAAGUUUUACGACAUUGGUUGGAAUUUACGUUUGCUUACAUUAAAUCACAUUAUGUUAUUUCGAUAAAUACCAUUCAUCAUACUUGAUAUUUCCAACUCCUAUUCAUUCUACAAUUGUAAUUAUUCGUUUUUAUUUUCUUUCAUGGCGUUUGUCUGAUGAUAUGUUUGCUUUGAGCAUAAUGAUUGUCUCUUUAAUUAGUACUUUGUUGAAGAUUUACAAUAAAACACUAUCAUAUAAUCAUUUUAUUAUAGCAAUUCAUUGAGUGACAAUAAGAAUAAGGCAAUUAAGUACAAAUAUUUAAUGUUAUUUAUAGAACUAGUAGUUCUGAACAUCGGCUCUCUUAGUUAACCAAAGGAGGAAAGAGAACAACAAGAUUUAUAUUUACUUGAACAUAUAAACAUUGGUACAAGAGGGCACCAAAUAUAUAUGCACCUUACAAUACAAAUGAGGUUGUGAAGGUAUAAAAUAAAGCUAGGAUAAUGAAAAGGAAGAACAAAAAUCAAUAGGAAUUGGUGUGUAAGUGUGAUAUAACAAUAAUAUAAUUAUAUCAAUAGUGGAAGAAGCAGUUCAUUUGGGAAACAUUCAGUGGAAAAGAAUUGUUUUAGUAAAAGAAGUUACAUUCACUUUUAUAAAGAGAGUAAAGAAAAGUUACAGCAGGGUCGCCAUUGACUUCUUUUCUGAGCCAUAUUUGAUAACUUCCAUAUGCACUGUGUUGCACUCUGCCGCAAAUUUAGUCCAUAUAUUUCCAGACUCCAUCUUUUACAUUCAGCAGCAGAAAUAGGUACGUACAUCAAUAAAUUUUAAUCUUUGUGCACAGAAAAGUUUUGUUCAUCCUCUUAAUUUACCAUGGCCUUCUCUGUAGUUGCUAGUUUUUCAGAAGUUUCAAUUCUAUUUUACUGAAUUUUACGUGAUCUAUCUAACUUAAUAAUCUGGUUACUUAGUUUUCGUUGUACCCGUUUUAGGAAUUCUAUAUUAUUAGUUUUACGAAUAACAUUAAAUGUUUAUGUUCGAUUGUUUUAUUUUUACCUAAUGAAUCGCUAUGAUCAACCGAUUAUGUGAUUGUGCUUUCCGAUUUAGUUUUACAUUUGUCGGGUUUCUAUCUGGUUACUAGUUCACAGAAAACAUUGUCGAAUUGACUAACCGCCAUUUAUUCGGUAUUGAUUAAUUUUUGAUUACAAAACUUAUGUAUUGGUAUAGAGCCGUGAUGAGGGACAUGUGUUUUAAUGUAAUGGUAAUACUUAACAUAGGGAUUAUAUAAUUAUUGCUUAACUAACGCCUGUUAAUCUUUUAAGAAGUGUGAAUAGGCGUUUCACUCAAAUGUUUUGAUGUAUUAGUAUAUACAGAGUUGAUGAAUAUUUUCGUACUCGUAUUUACACAUGAAUAUUUCUGAUGUAAAUUUAGUCAAUAUCGUCUAUUGCAUCUUCACUGCUUAAUAUGAUGUCCGUGAAAUGUGAUGUUACAUCUUUCAUUGCUAACUGUUGUAAAUUUCAAAUGUAUGGACUAACUGAAAUAAAGUAUUAUUCACUAUGGUGAAUCACUGCUUAGACUAAACGUCUUUACUGGUUUCAUAGCUUAAUAAACCAAACUGGAGAAUAUGAUCAUUGUAGGGGGAGUUUGGUUUGCAAAAUUUGUUUUGAAGAUAAGAUAGGUCAAUAUUCAUGUGCAUUUAAUUAAAAGGCACCCUUUUUUAAUUUUCAGAUCUACGUUUGUUUGCUGCAUCACAAACUCUCUCCUAUUCCAUUCAAGCACUCUUCUCGAUCAACACCAUCAUUCUCUGUACAGCCUACUGCUAAUCCCAGUGAUAGUUCGCCAGAUUGGCUGGAUAGCCCAUCAGUUAUUUUACCGCCAAAUGAGCCUAAACUAAUUAACGAAGGGUUAGUUUAUCAUCAACCUAGCGAAGGUCCGGUUGUUUGGGUUCCAAAAUGGGAAAUUAUACCUUCGGGUCUUGUCAGUUUAUUUUUGACAAAUCUUGGCACUCAUGCCCCAUCAUAUUUAUAUGCUCUUGGACGAGAAUUGUUCCACUCUGCAGAUAUUAAGACAAUCAUGAUAUGGGACCAAUAACUCAUAUGAUUUAUGUACAAUCUUUUUAAAAGUAUUUUUUUGGUUAGGAAGUUUUUAUUUAUUCAGUAAGUGGCUUCAUAUAAUGAUAAGAUUUAAUAAUACCCACUCACUUAAAAAAUAAACUCCGAGAAGUUUGAUUAUUGAUGUGUGUAAAGACGACUUAUAAUCAUUUUGACUUGUGUACCUAUUGUAUUUUUCACCACGCGUUCAGUGUUAAUGUAUAGCUGUCAUAUUUGUAAGUUACUACAAAGUGAUCACGAUUAGUUGUCGAAUAAAAAGCAGGAACCUUAUCAACUUUUGAGUACUUAUCCACGAACGUCUUUGUACCUCUAUCAGGCGUGAAAAGUAUAUAAUAGUCUGAGAUAUUAGGACCAAUUACCAGUUAGCGCUUACGAAGUAUAUCUCUUGAAGAAAUGUUCAGUGCCUAAUGGUAUUAGGCUGAAUUCUCGAGGUGUUUUGCAAUUAGAAAAGUUUUUAGAUCAGAAUAUUAUUUGAAAACUAGGUGUUAUAUUCCUUUAGGGUUUUUACUUUAUGUAUGAAGUUUCUCUUUUGACGGAAGUAAUAUACUUCUAAAACUAACAUAUUUAAUGAUUAUCUGGUUUUACGUAUAAUUUAACUACAAGUGAUGGCUUCUUACUAAUUAGUAUAGUUUUUCGUUUGUAAGUCUUAUGUUAGUCACGUAGAUUAUCUUGAUAUUGUGUAACAGAAUUUCAGUCAACAUUGACUCGUUUAUCUGGUACAAGUUUAUGUGCCCAAUUUUAAGCCAGUGUUUGUGCAUGGAGUAACUAUAUUAACUGAAUGCUUAACAUGAAGUGGGUGUUGACGAUUUUAAACUCGUAGAUUACUGAUUAAGGGUCGUUUGGGUAAACAACUUAACGAUUUUUUAAAAAUUACUGUCAAUACUAAGAACAAUGUAUAAGCUCAAGUUAGUGAAAGUGUUAAUAUUAUUGUCCUAUACAACAGUUCAGAUAUGUAGAAGCAGUUAAUUUAUGUGUGUAAGAUUUUAUGAAUUUAGGUGAGAGAAUAGAAAUUACCAACAGUUUCAUCAAACUGCUUCGUAAUUCAUAAGGAAUAUGAUUGUAGAUUAUGUGAAUAUUGGUUUUGUAAAUGUAACAGUAGUAUAUGAAUACAAAUAUUCAACGAUCACGUUUUUGAGAGGGCAAUGACACCCACUAACUCAUUAUGGAUAAAAUAAUACGGGCUUUGACACUUGUACAUAAAGAACACUCAUCUACUGGGUGACGAUUAGACAUUUUGACGAGCGUUAUACGUACCUACUUAAAUAAUAAAUGAAUUGUUGGAUGAGUAGUUAGUUUUCCUAAUUUCCGGAAGGAUAUCAUUGUUUUACGUCAGUGAAUUCGAAAUUGAUGACGCAGGCAAAUUGAUCAGUGAUGGUUUCUUGUAUCAUGUAUUCAUUCAUAAUUUAGUGAAACCAUUUAGAGUAUAAGCUCUGUAAUUUUCUUUGAUGAAAUAUUUCCAUAAGUGGUUACGUAAUCAAAUGAUUUGAGACUGAUGAACAGAGAUAGAGUAUUGUUCUUUUGAUGAUAACUGAGUCCUUCGGUUCUGCCCAUGGUUAUCAUCUCAAUUGCUGUAGGUCUAUCUCUCAUAUAAUGUUAAUAAGUAUAAAGCUAAUAUAAAUACUACUCUGAAGGUUUGACGGGUUUAAUCAAUUUCGAACCUUUGGAGACGAGUAUUCCUAAACCUAGAUACUACUGAUAUUCGUACUCAUAGUAGAAUGAAUCUGUAACCGUAGAGAAUUUGCUACUUUGCGAUAUUUUCAUAUCCAUUGAUUUUUAGAGGUAUACGUCCAUCUCAACGACGAAUAGUGCAAUCCAGUCUUUAUUUCUAACUACUGAACAGAGAAAUAAAAAACUAAGAACGAUCAAAGACUUGAAUAAUUUAGUUGACUAUUCUAGUAAGUCUUAGGAAUUUACAAUAAUCUUAAUGAGUCGAACCAAUGUCUUAUCAAGCAGUAAAAUAUCAGUUUCUAGAGAGGUGGAUUGAUAGAAUUGCACUGUUUCGAAGCGGUAUAGUAUCACCAAUAGCAGUGAAACUACCACAGUAUAUAUUUACUGAGUUCAUCUCGAGCAUUUAAAUUGUACGUGAAGUAAAACUUCUUACGACAUGUUCGUUAAUCUAAUUAUCGAUGUAGAUUAAUGUUACAACGUCAAGAAAUUUGUGGUUAUUCGAUAUCUAGUUAGUGUUUGUUCAAAGUUUGGUUGCCGGUCACUAAGCGAUCUUGUUAUAAAUGAAUCCAUACGUUGUCGAAAGAGUGUACACUGUUUGUUUCCCUGUUUCAGGAAUUACCUGGACCGAUAAGUAGUGAUUACUUUACGUUGUAAUAAUACAAGCAUUACAUUUACUUUAUCAAAUAAGCUAAAAGUUCAGUCUGAUAAUCGGACUAACAGAUUAUUACAAUGGGUUUUCGGUUAGUCUCUUGAAUACACAUUAAGGAGGAAAACCACUCAAUUGAUACCUAUCUUUUCCAAAGUAUUUGUCUUUAAAAGCUUAUCAUAGGCUUCAGUAGGACCGAUCGGUGACUGACACAGAAUCCUUGAAAUAUCCCAUCGUUACUGACCAUCACACUAAUUACAGCUGACCAUGGAGAUUGUUUGAUCAAAAAGGCCGAGAGUUUGUGACUCUGAGUUCCAACAGUUUGGGAUUCAGGAAAUCACUUCCUGUCGGGUAAUGCGGUUUUAAUACGUACAUAUCCUAUCUAUAUUUCGCAAGUUUAGACACCGUCCAAUCAUAGAAAUAGUAAGUAAAUUGAUCAGCGGUUCACUUUGUGUUGCUCAAUAUCUGUGAAACAGUCUAUGAAUGUAAAAGAUAUGUGGCGGCUGUAGGUGUUUUAAUCAUAGGUGACUUCGGAACACUGCUCACGUAUCAUGGGACGACUAAGGUAAGCGAUUUUGAGGUUUUAUAGAGCAUACUACUAUGGGAGAUUGAUUGAUAAGGCUGUGAAUUUUUAUCUACUGAGGUGGUUUGAGGAUAGUAUUGAAUAUGCAUUAUGGCGACUCACGUGCAGUUGAGUUUAGUUCAGCCAAGGUCUUUUGUUGACCUAUUUAAUGGACAAAGUCAUCCAUGAUAUAACAACUUGUUGUACUAUCUUUAUUAUUAUGCUUGUAUGAAAUACAUAUGCUUGAACAUUGUUUAGCGCCUACGCAUGUAUUCAUUCUGCUAGCUUCAUUAUUAACUGCUUAGUCUAUUCGCUGACUCAUCCAUUUUCCUAUACAUAUAUAUACGUGUACAUUUGCAUCCAUUUACUACUACUACUACUUCCUACUGCUACAAUCGUAGUUCGCUUGCUCAUUCAUUUUGCCUCUCUGCUGUCUGGUCCGAAUUAUCUACUAAAUAAACUGUAGUAGCUGCUUCUUUUUGCCUUCUGAUUUCAAGCAUCGUUGGAGAUUAUACGAUAACGGUUCGAGGGUGAUUAAUUAUCGAAGCACAGCCACUACAGCAUAACCACCGCCUCUCUCGACAGUCUAUGUUUAGUGUUAAGUUCGCUGCUUGAUUAACGCAGAAUACGGUGUACACCUACGGCACUCAAACGUAAAGAAGCACCACAGUUUCAAAUCAAAAGACAAGACUGUAGAAGUGUUUGUUGGGUAAGAAUCAAAAUGCGCAGGAAAAUCAUGUAUACUUACAGAUAUUAGCGUUUGUUAUAUCAGCAUUAUAGUUCAGCCAAUCCGCAGAGAAAUGUUAUGCUAUUGUUCAAUAGUAGCAUGCCACGUUGAUAUUCUAGAAAGCUCCAUCACGCUCUGACUGGAUUGAAACCCUUAGGCUCCUUUAGGGCUUUUGGAGGCUCCGUCGUAGUUCUUAGAAGCCGUCCUAACACCUCCCCAGGCUAAGGUCUCUUCCUUGCGUCCACUUGUGGCCUGACGACUAAUUUGCGACGGCGUUCCAUUUUUUCGCUCUCUCCGAUCUAAGUUUUCUUUUCAAUAUCCUUGGGCGUCUGUAUCGUUGAUGCAUCUGAGAUUAACUUGAGUGCAAGAUUCAGCUGAUCAUCUCGAGUGUGCAUCAUUCCUUUAUCUUUAAGGAUUUGGUUUGUGUGUCUGAUACAUGUGCUACAAGUCCCUCGGACUCUGUAGAAAAAGGUUUCCCAAUAUUUAUACGAUUUUCCCGGUUUCCAUCGAUUUUUUCCGAGGUAAGACUUAACGAACACUUUAUCUCCAACGUUAAAACUUCGGAUAUUAAGAUUUGGUCUAUGCCCAUCUACUAUUUUGGUUGGCAACAUGGUGUUGAAAAUAGUUCGAAUACAUCUUCCAAAUAUGGCUUCGACAGGGAGCUUUCCGUCUAGGACAGUUGGGUUCGGAAUAGUUCUGUAGACCGUUAAAGAUUUUGUGAUUACCUGUCUAGUUGUCCCCUCGCCUUCUCCUUUCAGUAAUACUCGUUUAUAGGUGCCGACAAAACGUUCUGCUUGUCCAUUCGAAUGGGGAUGAGAGGGCGGAGAACGUAGAUGUGUUAUUCCAUUUAUGCAACAAAAAUACUUGAAUGAUUCUGCAACGAAUUGUAAGCCAUUAUCAGCCACUAAAUUCUCUGGACUCCAAAACAGUUGAACAAAGUAGAUAACCUGCGGAUUGUUUCUGAGGCUGUAUAAUUGGACAUACUAUAUAUUUCUGUCUACUUCAUAAAUGCAUCCACAAUAAUUAGAAACAUUUUACUUUGAAUUGAACCGGCAAAAUCUGCAUGAAGUCUCUCCCAGGGUCUUGAAGGUGUGGGCCAAUGCUGUUUCAGACCCAUCAGGGAAAAUGUGAGUGAUGACUGCUCCAAUACCAUAGUUCAAAGCAUCUGAUGCAACCACUAUUGAUAGGGAAGGAUCAUAAUGCGCCAGCAAUAGAUUGGGAGUUUGGAGUCGCUUGAUUUUCUCGAAAGAUGCUUGACAGUUUGCCGACCAAUCCCAUUUUGUAUUCUUCUCUAGCAGUUGGUUUAAUGGAGCACGCAGACGAUGGAGAUUAGGGAGGAAGGUACCAUAAUGCCUGACCAAUCCCAAGAAAGAUCGUAGGGUAGGGAUGUCCCUAGGUCUAGGCAUAGUUUUCACAGCUUCAAUUUUCUUUGGAUCUGGUCGUCUUCCAUUUUUAUAUAUUAUGAAACCGAGAUAUCGUAUCUGCUACACAUAAAAGUCACACUUUUCUGUGCUAAGGCGAAAACCAUAUCAGGCUAUGCGUUCUAGGACUUGAUCCAGUUUCCUCUGCAAGUUCACCUUAUCUACUCCCAUAAUUAUGAUAUUGUCUAAAUAAGCCGCCGCUCAUGGAAUACCUUGUAACAUGGUAUCGAUAAUUUGCUGGAAAAUAGAGGGUGUCGUCUCCACUCCAAAAGGUAGUCGGUUAUAUCGGAACAGACUCUUGUGUGUGUUAAUCGUUAGGAGAUCUUUACUUUCAUCAGAUAUAUGGAUUUGUAAAUAUGCGUUUGAUUAAUACAAUUUAGCAAAAUAUCGACCACCGUUCAGUUUGGCGAAGUGAUCUUCCGGUAGGGAUAUAGGAUACUGAUGAAACUCUAAAGCUUCAUUUAGUCCGGUGGAGUAAUGUCCACACAAACGAACACUUCCAGUAGACUUCUUGAUCACCACUAUUGUUACAGCCCAAUCUGAGAAGUUUACAGGUUCAAUAACACCCUUUUUUGAGGUCGUUCUAAUUUAUGUUCAACUACAGGAAGACGCCCAACUUCGAGAACAACAGGCAGGAUUCCGUAAGGAUAGAUCGUGUACAGACCAAAUCGCAACUCUACGGAUCAUUGUGGAACAAUCAAUUAAAUAAAAUUCACCACUCUACAUCAGCUUCAUGGACUACGAAAAAGCAUUUGAUACCGUGGACAGAACAACAGUAUAGAAGCUUCUUCGACACUACGGCGUGUCUCAGAAGAUAGUCAAUAUCAUACAGAAUUCCUAUAAUGGAUUAAACUGCAAAAUCGUGCAUGGAGGACAGUUU